AUGUCCGUGGUGACGUCACCUUCAUUCCAGCGCAUCAGACUCCCAAACCCUUCAUCUCCAUCGCCAUCAUCGUAUUCUGCUUAUUCACCAUCUUCUUCUUCUUCCUUCAAGUUCACCAUCAGGAGCUCUCAGGCUGAGGGUCCUCUAAGACGACCGGCGGCUCCGGCUCCCGUAAAGCCCGUGCCGCCAUCCCCAUCACCGCCUGAUUCUCCGCCGGCCGCCUCUCCGCCUCCCAAGCCCGCGGCGGCGGCUGCUGUGGGGGACAAGAGUGCGAUCACGCUGGAGUUCCAGAGGCAGAAAGCCAAAGAGCUUCAAGAGUAUUUCAAGCAGAAGAAGCUCGAGGAAGCUGAUCAGAGCCCAUUUUUCGGUUUCAUAGGUAAAAAUGAGAUCUCUAAUGGAAGGUAA